GGCGCUAAUUUACAACGAGACAAAAAGAUUGGGAAACAACCGCUGUAUGCUGAGCGAGUUGGUGCACAUUUUCAUACUAUGACUUUUUAAAGGUGUGAACUUCCAGUUAAUUGGUGUUCAUUGGAACUUUUCCCAGUACCUUUUCACGCAGAUUCAGCUUGUCGAAUAAACGUAACUACUUUUGCCAAGAUGCUGGUCUUGAAGACUUUCCUUCCCGUGGCUGCCUGUACGGCACUCAUGGUCAUCAUAGUCUUCCAAGGCGUCUUCCAGCCAGUCAAGGUGGACCUUGGGUUUGAGCACUACGGUGAAGAGGCAGACCACGCCAUUGGCCCGUUUAAACUGCCCGCUUGGCUGGGAUUGGCCAUGCCGCUCAACGCUCUGGUAAACGCCGGGUAUAUCCUAGUGGGCCUGUACUGGAUGGUGCGAACCUACCAGGAAGAGAAGAAAGGGGCCGUGGGGCAGCUCCACGCGUAUUUUGCAUGCACGCUCUGCUGGAUGGGCAUCCUGUACGGGCCCAUCCAGUUUUGGCGCAUCAUGAGCCAGACCCACGAGAGCGCCGUCGUGGACCAGUGGGUGACGCUGCCGUUCUUCACCUGGGUGAUCCUGUGGUGCAAGUCGCUGACGGUGGGCUGGAAUCGGGACCUGGCGGCCCUCUUCAUGCUCUCCUCCCUCCUCAGCUACAACCUGGUCUUCUUCACUGACCUGGGCUUCGAGGUCGCGCUGCUCAUCCACUCGGCCCAGGCCAUCAAUGUCAGCUUCAGCACUUUCUUCAGGUUCCCUUGCAAGGGCAACAACUUUACCUUCUUCAUGUGCUGCCUGACCUUCGCCAAUUUCAUAGUCUUCAAGCUCAUGGAUCUCCACCUGCCCCACUACAGUGAAUACUUCACCGAGGUCAGUGGCCAUUUCAUCUCCAAGCUCCUGGGUGAUAUCUUGCAGAUGCACUUUACGUUUCUUUUCUUUGAGAACAUUGCCAAGCGACAGCUUGUAGAUAAAUCCAAGAAACUUGAGUAGACUUUUAAAUGAGCCUACAGAUUUACUUAUGCAUUAUCUUCACUGAAAUUUGCAUUUAAAUAAUGCAUUGUAGAGUCGAAUGUGUGGAAAUAUUCCCCCAAAAUCCUGAUUCUGUGUAUCAAUAAUCAGCAAAUGUUUAAAUACAUCAGUCCUUCCGAUUUGAAAAUCACAGGUGUGUGGAAAAAGGCACACCUGGAUUUUUCUAGGCGUGUGUUUUUUCCAGGUGUGUGAUUUUCUAGGUGUGUGAUCUGUGGUCCAGGGAAAUUCAGGCGUGCAAUUAUUCACACUUCUCGGGAAGCUUUUAGGUGUGCGGUGGUGUGGGGGUGUGAUUGCACGCCUCAAAUCAGGAGGACUGAUACAUGUAUUUCAUUAUUUUCAUUUCAUGACUAAAUUAGGGGGGAAAUACCCUGAAAAUUAAUGUGAUGCGCAGAGAGUGUUUACAAGUACGUGUACUGAAUUUUUUUAAUGCAAUUUGUAAUGCAAUCUUGAUAUCUUAAUUUUGUUUUGGAAAAUAGUUGUAUGAGUUGUGUACUUAGAACAAGUGGUAACAAAAUCCUUGUCAUACUGUUUGAUAUUUAACCAAAGGGGGGUUUGGUUGUGCAAUUGAAAUAUCGUUCUGUAGAACAAAUAACCUGCUGUAAAAGAAAUGAGGCCAUGUGUGUUCAAAGUUUAAAAUAACUUAAAUAAAAUAAUUCAAAAGGCUGUCAGAGCAUUUUCAUUGAUAUUAUUAUUGUUGUUAUUUGUUCAACUCUUCUAGGAAGCAUGCAGUGACAAAUGUUGCAACAGAUCAGAUUUCAUUUUUAAUAAAUUUAGAAUUAGGCUUACUAUUUGUUGUUGUAGAUACAUCAAAUCAAUUUCAAAAAAAUAACUUAGCCCAACUAUUGCCAUUAAGUCACAUUUAUAAUUGCAACAUCAGUAAAAGAAUGUCGAAAUAAAGGUCUUCUUUGCUUGACCAUUACGUAAGAAAAUAUUUAAAAACCCAAAUAACUGGACAGAGAAUAAAUAGAGACAUAUGUUAUACAUGUUAAUCUGAA